AUGAAAGAGGGAGGAGGAGGAGGGGUGAGAGGGGGCAGCUCUUCCAACAAUAACCCCCGCCCCCCCGCCCCCCGCCGUGUAGCCCUGCAGAGAUAACAAAGCGGCGAGCGCUGCCCUGCAGCUCCACUGGUUGCUAGAUCUCUCUGUGCUCGCUCGCUGCGCUUCAACACAAACAAUUGAGAGGAGUGUGUUUUUUUUUCCUCGUUUUCCGUCACGCUCAGCAGCUCGCCGCUAUAAAGACUCAAAGGUCAGCGCUGCAGCCGGAGCGGCAUGUGAGGCUGAAGCCUGAAGGAGACGUUUGCGAUGGUGCUUCGGUGAGGAGUGUUCUGGGUGAGGAACUGUCCCGCUUUCAUAAGGAGGGAGGAGGGGGGAGGAGGGGGGAGGAGUCGGUCUGAGACCUCACGCUGAAGCUCGUCUCAGUUUGAGCUGUGAUUGGUUGAAAACGUGGAUUUAUGACUUAAUGAAGCUGCAACCAUCGAUGGACGACCCCGAGAUCUGCGGACAGUGACGGAGGUUUACGACCUUUAACCUCAGGAUCCGGGCGUGAGAGUUUCUGCAGAGUUUACUGGAUCUACUGUCCACAUUCAGACACACACACACACACACACACACACACACACACACACACACACACACACACACACACACACAUGAUGAAGUCCUCCUCUCAGAUCCUCUGACCCGACCCUGGGGGCGGGGUCGAGUCCAGCUGUGAUUUAGUCUCCGGGUCGUUUUCUCAUGUCUGAUCAAAUUUGAUUGACUGAUUGAUGAAUUGAUCAGGUUCGAGCUCUUUGACUCUCAGCUUCUCCUGCACAGAUCUCAGUGUUUUUAAGAACUCUUUAUUGGGCGAUGGCGUACUGCUCCAGGGACAUGCUCCUCUGCUGCCACCUGCUGGAUGGUGGUGUACAACACAUCAGAGUUCAUGUUUUAAAGAUGUUUGCAGCUUGAGUCAGGAGCUGGUCGAGGCUCCAAACGGUCUAACUUUGUUCUCUGAGCUCCGGUCACGUGACUGAUUUACCUGAAUUUUAAUUAUUUCCUUUAAAAUGAAAUUAUGAAGAUUUGCUGCUUUUGUCUGAUUUGGAAAUAAUUCUGAUUAUAACUUUAUAUUCAAAGAACCAAACCGAAGACGCGGUCGCAGGUUUUGGAAACACGUUUUUAAUGUUCAUGCUGGACUGAGUUCAGCUCCAUGUGACCUUUGUGGUCUCAGAGACUCAGACUGAAAACCUGAAGACAGUUUUGGACCUUCAGUCCGUCCUGACCUCUCUGUUGAUGCUGUUCCUGCAGGUUUCCCAAGGGGACGCUACUGAGAAGCUGGCUCACCAAGUCGCGGCCCAGAUUGCUGCUGCUGAUCGCAGGGUUGAAGAGGCCUCAGGUGACCCUCAUGAGGAGGAAAAGGAUGAAGCGCACAAAAGUAGCAAAGGCCACGUAAGCGGUAAAUAUGGCUUAUGUUGCAUGGAGGCAGAUAAACAGAACUUCUGGACCCUUCUGUUCCGACCCAACGCCGCUUCACUCUGAGGAUGUCCAGUAUUUACGUUGGGUCUACUUCAGUUUCAGUGCGGUCCUAGAUACUUGAUUCUGAUUGGUCGAAAACCCUGACAGAGAGUAAGACCAAAGAGCGCGGCUCAAACUGCAGCGCCUGCAGUUUUUCUAAAGUUUAAGAAAAUCGACCAGUUUGAGUUUUUCUGGGGAGGGGCCGCCGCUGACCACGCUCCUCAAACAUCAAACUGAGAGCUACUCCAGGCAGCUGAUGUCCUGGUAUCCUGUAUGUCGAUGAGUUUGAACGGCUCUUUACAGUUACAAUGACCACUAGAGGGCGUCAGUCUUCACGGCUCCAUGUUAUAAAUAAAGGUGUUGACGGUCCAGAACCCAAACAGUCCGGGUCUCUGAAGGUCUUUAUCUCUGCAGAACUCAGCUGUUGGGGUCAGAGGGGUCAUGGAUCUGGAUCUUUAGACCUGAUAAUUCAGGCGUAGCUGAUUUGACUGACAGCUGGGUGUGUUGUUACCGUUUUCUUAAAGGGAUAUUUCAGUGUUUUGCCUUUUGUUGGUGUAUUAACCACAAUGGAAGCCGGUCAGCUCGGCCUCUUUAGUCAGAACUGCUGGAAAACUGAAACUCAAGCGAGGCUUCAGUUUUCUGCAGACAGGAUCAGGUCUGCCGCAGAUUUAUGAGCGACUCUGACUCAGCAGGUCAUCUCGCUUUGAGUGUAGCUGAGGAGCACAAAAAACAGGUGUGUUUGUGUGGAGCGUGUACAAAACACAACUCCACUGAAGUUGGAAAUGGUGAUAAAUGUAAAUAAAAACAGAAAUCCUUUUCAACCUUGAUUCAGUUGAAUUCACUUCAAAGAUAUUUAAUGUUCAAACUCAUAAACUUUAUUUAUUUUUUUCUAAUAAGAAUUAACUUUAGAAUUGACAAAGACGUUGGAAAGGUGGAAAAAAUCCUGAUAAAUUUGAGGAACGCUCAUCAAACACCUGUUUGGACCGUCCCACAGGUGAGCAGGUUAAUAGGGAACAGGUGGGUGUCAUGAGUGGGUAUAAAAGCAGCUUCACCAAAAACUCUCAGUUAUUCACGAGCAAAGAUGGGGCGAGGUUCACCACUAUGUCAACAACUGCGUGAGCAAACAGUCGAACAGUUUAAGAACAAAGUUUUUCAAAAGUACAACUGUAAAGAAUUUAUGGAUUUCAACAUCUACAGUCCAAAAUAUCAUCAGAAGGUUCAGAGAAUCUGGAGAAAUCACUGAACAUAAGCGGCACGGCCGGAAACCAACACUGAACGCCUGUGACCUUCGACCCUUUAGGCGGCGCUGUAUCAAAAACCGACAUCAGUGUGUUUAAAGGAUAUCAGCACAUGAACUCAGGAACACGUCAGAAAACCACUGUCAGUAAAUACAGUUCGUCUCCAAGUCUGUAAGUUAAAACUCUAAAGACAUUUAUCAACAACAUCCAGAAAUGCGGCUGCCGUCUUCUCUGGACCCGAGCUCGUCUGAGAUGGACUGAUGUAAAGUGGAAAAGUGUUCUGUGGUCUGAUGAAGCAUUAUGAACGGAGACCCCGGACUGUUGAAUAACUGAAGCUGAACAUCAAGAACGGGACAGAAUUCCACCUUCAGCUCCAACAGUUCGUCUCCUCAGUUCACAAACGUUUACUGAGUUUGUUAAAAGGUGAUGAACACAGAGGUAAACAUGAACCUGUCCAACUACUGUGGAGCGAGUUACUGCCAUGAAACUCUGAGUUCAUUAGUAUUUACAAAAAAAAAAAAGAUUAUGAGUUUGAACAUUAAAUAUCUUGUCUUUGUAGUGAAUUUAAUUGAAUAUAGGUUGAAGAGUGUUUUCUGUUUUUAUUUACAUUUAUCAGAAUUUCCAACUUCAAUUGUGUUUUGUAACCAAGAUGACCGACGAGUCAGAGUCUCUAAAUCAGCUCAAUUAAGUGGCAGAAAACUGAAGCCCAGCUUGUGUGCAGGUCCUCUCUGGAAAAGGGGGCGGAGCUUAUGGAUGUCCACUGUGUUAAAACACUUACCCUGGAUUUCCACCGCAUUCGGAACAGCAGCGAUUUUCGCUGUCCACCAGUUCCUACCAGAUCCGUUUAUGAGGCGAAUUUCGUGGCGGAUUACAGACAGCAGGAAUCAUAAAAAACCUGCAGAUUCACGUUCAGUCCCGCGAUAACGAGUUGUCGCUCUAAAGACAGACACAUAGACAUAUAAGCAGUAGAUUGUGUCCUUCCAGAGGAGGAAAUCUACUUCUAGACUUCUAGAAUCAGCAUCUCCUCAUCCAUGGUGUCAUCGGGGUGAAAUGACGUCUAAAAACCUUUCACUUGUUCGUCGGGUUGCGGUGGAAAUUGGAGGUCAUGAGUGAUGUGUGACUCUGUGAGGAUCUCUGUGAGGAUCCCUCCGCUCUGGUUUGACUGAGUCAGCUGUUCCAACUUUGGGCUUUGGGGGGUGUUUGUGUCCUGAUCAUAACUCUCCUUAAACCCUGUCAGUCAGAGAGUCUCUCCAUAAUCUGAGGAGAUCUUAGUGAACGUAGAUGAACGUUGAUGUGGUCCAUGGAAACCCUAAAGAUUUCUCUCUUCUAGAACCUGCAGCCGGAUGCCCCACUUCACCUGACGUCUUAUCCGUACGGAUCUGCUCGUUAGAAAUGGAAGAAGACGAGAACAAGAAAGACCCGUGUGUCGGAUAUUUGUCCCAGAAACGAACUAAAAACCAGGAACCACGAAACCCAGUGACACCAGAGGACGAACCACAGAGAUCCAGACCUCCAGACUAA